UACGAUGUUUAUUGGAAUAAUAUUGCAUUCUUGUGCAUUAUUUAAUGUCGUCGUGUAAGUAAACAAAAUCAAAAUGACUAUUCUGCUGAAAGUGAAAAUUUUCAAUUGUGUAUAUCCAACUCGAAAUAUUUUUGACUUAAUACAGAUGGAAGAUAAAUGAAAGAUUCAAAGAUAACCGAAAUAAUUUUUAUUACAAAAAUGAGAAUAUUAAUUUAUUAGAGGAGAAGGAGUGGAUUGUCGAUAUCAUAGAAUUCCAUAAAUCCGUUAUCGAAUUUGUCGAUUUAAUAAAAUUGUUUUACGAGGCAAUUAGUCUGUUCGAAGUGUUUUUCGCGUUGCUUAUUAUCAUGGUAGAUUAUUUUUACUUAUUUCAGGUACUUUCCACGAAUAUAAACAAGACCGAAGUUCUGACAAAAUUGUUUUAUGUUAUUGGAUCUAUGUUCGUAAUAUUCGCUUACUUUCAUCUAGGACAAAAAUUAAUAGAUCACAACAAUCACUUAUUCGCUACAUUAUGUCAAAUUCCGUUUUAUUCGUUAUCAUUGAAGACACAAAAAAUAAUACUAUUUUUGAUAAUGAGAAGCAGGAUGGUAUGCAAUUUGUCAUGGAAGGGAGCAAUAGUAGCCUCACACAAUGUAUUUAGUGUGGUGAAUUAUUUUCCUCAGUUGGAAAUAUGGAACAUGAGAGAGCGUAACCAGGAAUAAAUAAUAAUUUGCGUACAGGUGCAACUUUGUCCUGAAUAUUUCUAUCAAAAAACAAAAACUACCAAAUCAUUGAAGCGGCCUGUUGUAAUUCAACCCUUAUGUUGGCUUAAGAUAGAACGACUAAUUAUUUA